AUGUUGAUUUUCCUCCCGUUCUCAGCGUAUAUGUUGCACGUGCAGGCCAACUCGAAUCCCAAGGAAACGGUACAUGAUUUGCUUCGCCGUGGAACAAGUGAAGAUAUUUUGUUGAAACCUGUACACUGUGAAGCUUGGAAUAACACAGGCGGAUUCUUUUGUACAGUUGGAUACGACAACAGGGCCAACGUUUCUUGGGACUAUCCGGAGUUGUGGAUCGCUCCUGUGCGACAUCUGCAAAACAUUGCAUACAAUAAUUCGGCCAUAUCGAUUCAGUUCACUGAUAUUUUCUGGUCAAAAGCAAUCGUUGGAGCUGAUCAAUAUCUCUAUUUUUCUCCUGUUUUCGCAGAUGUGGACACAGCCCUUUUAACCCACCGAAAUGAGACGGAUAUUUGCAGAAGUUUUCUAAACCAUAUGGAAACGAAAUGUCGCGUGGAGCUCCGAGAGGAAGUUGUGACUAACCAACAGUUUCACAUAACGAAGCUGAAUCUGUUAGUACCGAAAAAGCUGGUCAAUGAAUCAUCGAUCGUGGCGACACAGAUGCGGUUGGCUAACAAACUGAGGUGGCCUGAUGUGAGCUGCCUUUCUCCGGUGCAAUUACGAAGCCCAGAUGCCUUCUAUGUGCCGUCACACAUGUUACCAAAUGGAAAGCCCUUCACGUUUACCGUGACAUAUGCGCACUCAGAACCAGAAGGGCUAGGUGGACAAUCGUCGAGUAAAGACGUGUGCGAGAAACUAAAAUCGUAUGGAAUGGACUUGAUUGAAAAAUGCUACGGGCGUGUUGGAUACACUAACUAUUCGACCAUCGAAGUUUUGAUGAAGGCAACAAAUGCUUCGGUGUGGGAGUUACAGUACAAACUUAUGUAUCGGUUGAACUUAGCGCGUCCCGAUCAAUGCACGUUCAAUGUGAUCAAUACACCGAUACGCAAAGUUUACAAUGGAUUUGGGCACUCAUGA